GGCGUUCCCCGCCCGCCUCCUCCGGACCGGCACAUCUCGGCCGGCAGGAAGGAAGGAAGGAAGAAAGAAGAGAGCGCUGCCCCGCCGCCCUUUGGCGCUCCGCCCUCGGGCAAAGCACCCCCGCGGCCGGAGGGAGGGAGGGAGUGAGGGAGGGGUGCAAAAUGGCAGCGGAAGAUAGCAGGGGGGCCAACGGCGGAGUCCGCUUGCGCAGCGCCUGAGUCCCGUUUCCAUCUCCAUCUCUCCCGCUGCGGCUGCCGUCGCCUCGCCGAGGGAUUCUCCCCCCGCCGGGCUGCAAAUGCGGCUGCUCGCCUCAGCGCCCGGCGGAUUUCCCACCGGGCCCCCGGCCGGGAAAGGAGUCUGGGGGUGCCUCGCUUCCCGCGGCGAGGCCGGCCGGUGAGGAGGAGAGCGGCGAGAGAAGGAGCCCCGAGGGUCGCCCGCGCAGUCGCUGCUGCCGCGCGAGGGAACCCGGGGGGGUGGUCGCGGCCGCCCGUCGCCCAAGAGCUCUUUCUCCAACAUCACUUGUGCGGUUUUCAUCAACGGCCAGGACCUUCCAUUUCUGACCCACAGAAAAGGAAAGAGAGCAGGCACAUGAGAGAAAAACCCACAUUAUUUCGCCCACUUCUACUCCACUUCUACUGCAACCCUCAGCAGUUUCGCUUUUGAACAGCCGACGGAGAACUUUCCCCCAUUGGCUCAGCUGCGUGUGUCUGUGUGUGGUAAAGAGGAUGGUGUUUCUUUAGCCGCCGCGCACAAUUACCACCAUUGACCAUGAGGACUCUUCGCAGGUUGAAGUUCAUGAGUUCGCCCAGCCUCAGCGAUCUGGGCAAGAGAGAGACCGCUGCCUUGGACGAGCGGGGGACUCAGCACCAGCGGGCCUGCUCCAAUGCCACCUGGAACAGUAUCCAAAAUGGAGUCAUAGCUGUGUUUCAGAGAAAGGGCCUUGCGGACCACGAUCUUUACAAUCUCAAUGAAGGAGUCAGGCAGCUUCUGAAAACUGAGUUGGGAUCUUUUUUUACUGAAUAUUUACAGAACCAGCUGCUCACAAAAGGCAUGGUGAUCCUGAGGGAUAAGAUCCGAUUUUACGAAGGACAGAAGCUUUUGGAUACGUUGGCUGAAACCUGGGAUUUCUUCUUCAGCGAUGUCCUGCCCAUGCUGCAGGCCAUAUUCUAUCCUGUGCAGGUAAAAUGCAAUUGUGGUGCUUUAGAAUCCGGAUAAACCAGUAAAUGGAAUCCCAGUGAUUGAUGAAGAGAGCUGCAGGUCAUUCGCUUGGCAGUCUAGCAAAACACCAUGCAGGAAAAACAUUUAAAAUAAAACUUGUUUUUUCUCUGCUGUACUAUUCGGGUUAUUUCCCUCGGCUGCCCCUUAAGUUGAACAGCAUUUCAGAUAGGAAGGCAAAAAAGCCUUUGGUGCAAACAUACUCUCUGUCUGAAUUUCUUUUUUUUAAAGAGCCCAAUCUUUUUCCAGUGUCCCACAGCUGGCUUUUGCAGCUCCAGGGUAUUUCAAGAAAGGCUUGUUUGGUGUUUCGUCCAUAUAUAUAUAUUUGUUUUCUCAGGUUUUCGCGGGUGUUUGUAUGUAG